CUCUCUUUUUCUCAGGCUCUUAAAGUUGCGUUUCCAACUGGCACGUUUCUAAAGAACGGAAUCAUUCAAGGAGUCAAAGGUCUCUUGUCUUUCCUUUCUGCUCCAUUACUUGGUGCUCUAUCUGAUGUCUGGGGCAGGAAGUCCUUCUUGUUGAUAUCAGUCUUCUUCACCUGUCUACCAAUACCACUAUUAUUAUUUGAUUCAUGGUUAUAUUUCAUAGUCAUUGCUAUUUCUGGUAUAUUCUCUGUUACAUUCUCAAUAGUCUUCGCUUAUGUUGCUGACUGUACUAAUGAAAAGCAAAGGAGCUACUCAUAUGGAUCAGUUUCUGCUACGUUUGCUGCCAGCCUAGUCGUCAGUCCUGCUUUAGGAACCUGGCUGACCAGUUUUGCCGGUGGCCAGAACCAAGUCAUAAUCCUAGCGUCCAUAAUUACAAUAUUCAAUUUAUUUUUCAUCAUUUACAUUGUUCCCGAGUCACUGCCCGAGACCUCAAGGAAGACAUCAUGGGGUUCUCCUAUCAGCUGGAAACAAGCUGACCCUUUUGCUGUAAGAGGGAGAGACAGAGGAGAGGAAAUUUAA